CCCUUGUUCGCCAUACUGGCUCCGAGUGUGGAGGAACAAACGCACGUUUUGCAGAGGCUCCUGAAACCACAGCAGCUUUUAGCACUUCAGACAUGGCUGAGGAUGAGGUGACUCCAGAGCAGCUCGCAGCCAUCGCCGCAGAAAACGAGGAGCCAGAACCCGUCGACUACAAACCUCCAGCCCAGAAGUCGGUGAAGGAGAUCCACGAGCUGGACAAGGACGACGAGAGCUUACGCAAAUACAAAGAGGCCCUGCUCGGCCCGGGGGUCGCCGAGGCCGAUCCGAGCGCUCCCAACGUCCAGGUGACCCAGAUGGCGCUCGUCUGUGACGGAGCACCGAAACCUCUGGUCCUGGACCUGCAGGGAGACCUGGAAGCUUUUAAAAAGCAGGCGUUUGUUCUGAAAGAGGGCGUAGAAUAUAAAAUAAAGAUCAGCUUUAAGGUGAACAAGGAGAUCGUUUCGGGCCUGAAGUACGUUCAGCAGACGUUCAGGAAAGGAAUGAAAAUCGAUAAAUCGGACUACAUGGUCGGCAGCUACGGGCCCCGCCCCGCCGAGUACGACUUCCUGACCACGACGGAGGAGGCACCCAAAGGCAUGCUCGCCCGCGGGAACUACGUCAUCAAGUCCAAAUUCACCGACGACGACAAACACGACCACCUGUCCUGGGAGUGGAACCUGAACAUCAAAAAAGACUGGGACGACUGAAGGAGGCCUGUCCCCCCCCCCCCAUCCUGUGUCCACCAUUUCUGCCUUUUUGUUCUCAUCUGUCUUAUGUAACCCCUCCCCCACCUUAACAUCCGUCCAUCACCAUCCUACCUGCACAGCGUCUGUCCUGUUCCCCGACCUGCUAUGUAGCACCUCCUCGCUCCCUCUACUCCUCCUGCUGCUUGAAGAGAUUACCCCCCCACCACCUCCAACGGUGUCUUCCUCAGUUACACGAGGAAAAGCAACUGUACAAUCAGCGUUUCUUUGCCUUUUCUAUAUAAAUGUUUCAGCAGUUGUGACCUUAUCUCACCCUAAUCAGCUGUUCAUAGCUAACCUGAUGCCCCCCCCCCCCAGCUUUUGAUAAAACCAAUACCUGCCUUGUCAAGUCCAUCAGAGCUGCUCUGUAGCCCCGCCCACUUAAAUAGGGGUGGGGCCAGAGUGAACAGGACUGUGUUGGUAUUAAAAAUCGCAGCCUUAUGUUUAAACUUAUCGAUGUGUCUUUAUGAGCAGCAUCCACGAUCUGGUCCUGUUGGAUUAGACCUGAGUGCAGCCCCCCCCCCCCCACCCCC